AUGAAUGACAGCCUGUUUGUCAGUUUGGACAGGCUUUUGUUAGAAUUUGUUUUCCAGUAUGAGCAAGACAUAAGUAUUAAAGAAGAUAAGAUUCAAAGAAUUAAUAAAUGCCUUGAAAGUAUUAAAGAAAACAAAGCAAAUAUUUCUAAAAUAUGUGAAGCUAUAAACAAAAUAGAUGAGGACAUCGCUUUUUACUAUAAACAUAGUAAGGAAAUCAAAGACAACUGUAGUAACUGGAAGCCAACAUGUGAUGUUUUUCAUAAGCAUGAAGAUUAUAUAAAAGACCAACUUACUGCUUACCAAGAAACCCAUGAGAAAGACAAAAAAAUGUAUCAUGAUUAUAUAUGUCAAUAUGAAGAUGUUUUGAAACAAUACCAACUAAAAUACUCAGAAACACAUUUUUCAUGUAAAUAUUACGAGAAGAAAAAAGAACAUGAAGAAAUUAAAAAUAGAGUGUUGGCGUGUACUGAACAACUAAAAUUGAAUGAAACUACUCUUAUGAAAUUUCUAGUGCCUGCUCCUUUCCCAUCUCUUACUAAAUGGACAUUAUACAUAGUUAACUUGAGAUACAAAACACAAGAUAUUCUUAAAUGUGCCAACGAUUUUACGAAAAGAUCAUUUGAAUUGGAGAAAGAAGCAAAUGAUAUGGAAAUAGAAAUUAAUUCUUUAAAUAAGCAGAUCGCAAGACUUUUUGAAAGUAAAAAAUUUUCAGAAGCUCUAGAUGAAAAGAACAAAAAUACAGAAAAGAGAAAAGAAUUUGAAGAGAGAAUUCCUGAGAAAGAUGAGCAAGUGUGGAACACAAGUUCUCAGGGCAGCCAGUUACUGCCGUGCGACCCUCAGAGACUUGUGAGACUCACAAGUAAGAGUUCCUCAGAACCAAGAGGUACAGAUAAAAAAGAAGAAAAUUCAGCCAAUCAGUCCAAGUUUGUUAGAAGUGACUUGAGACAAAAAGAAAAUGAUCUGCAGAUAUUUAAUGACUCUGGUAUGGAUAGUAAUUCAAAAUCUUCACAUGUUCCAGCUGUUAAAAGUUCACAAGGUUUUAUGCAAUUCAGAUUGAAUCAACCAAAUUACAAUCAAUGGAUUGAAAAGGAACAUAUAGAUGCUGAAUGUGGAGAUAAAGAGACAGUAAGACAACUAAGAGAAUCAAAAUGUAGUACACAGGCCCUAUACAUAGAACACUUUGGAAAGUCAAUAGAAGCUGAUAGUGUUGAAGAGGAAAAAGCUGAGAAUUUCCCACAAACUCCAGAAACUCCUUCAUUUCUAAGAACUCCUGAAGCUCCGAAGACACCUGAAUCUGUGGAGAAAAUGCAGUUCCCUAAAAGCCCCUUCUUUGAAAUUUUGAUGAUUUUUAAAUCUUUCUGUAACAGAUCUAAAAAUGCAGCAUCUGAAGGACAGAAACAAAAGGAUUCUCCUGGAUUUUCAUUUCUUAUGAGUUAUACCUCUAGAUCACCUGGACUAAGUUUAUUUGAUUCUUCUGUAUCUGAUUCAGAAAUCUCAUCAGAUCAGUUUAAUGAACAUUACCCUGCAGUAAAUCUAAAUCCUCCUUCAUCACAACAAGGAAUUGGAAACUUAUUUGGGAAAUCAGAAGGAGAGGACGCCUUCACAUUUUCCUUCUCAUCAGACUCUUCUCACACAUUUGGAGCUGGGAAAGACGACUUUAGUUUUCCAUUUUCCUUUGAGCAGGAUCAAAACACAAUGUCUUCCUCUUCCUCAAAGGAUUUUUCUUCCUCGCAAAAUAAAACACAAUUUAUGUUUUUUUGA